AUGGCUACUCUUCUCGCAACAGAAUAUCAAUUGGAUGACAGGAAGAUAGCCAACUGGACACAAAACCAAGAGAAAUCCAUAUCAACCGAGUAUCCUUUUUUGCCCCAGAAUGAAAACUUGGACGAUUUCGUAGCACGAACAUAUCUACAAUUUCUAUGGCUUCCAGAGUCUAUCAUGCCUCUGAAUCUUCUCAUCCCAUCAUUACGACGAGUAAAUGUGCCUUCGUCAUCGUCAGACACGUCUGUGCAUCCAAUGCACGCGUUGUUAGAGCCAAUUAUGCUCACAACACCCGACGUGGACAAUAAGUAUAACGUUGAGUUGCCGUUGAUACUCUCAGAAGGGGGCGGCGCGGGAGAGAUGGAGGAGACGAUGAUGUGGUACUCCCUUACACACGAGAAGGGAGACCACUCCGAGCAUAGCGAAGGACCAUGGACAGACGAUGUAUGGCGUCAGGGAUAUAUGGAGCCUUUGUCCAGAGUUCAGAUCCAAAUCCUUCUCUUCUUCUACAAAUUAUCCCUUCCUGGGCCAGCCCCACCCGAGAAGAAAACGAAGAAGAGAAAACGCAACGAACAACAGCCGAUGAUGACGCGUGACCACCUGGAGGCUUUCAUGGACAGGCUUUCAAUGUGGCAGUUGCUCAGCACAAUCGAGCAGACAAGGAGCCCAGCUGAGGAGCGUGACUGGAUCCAAACCUUUUUCGAAAAUAUAGUGGAGCCAGCAUUCAAAGUCCAGCUGCCCGACCUAUGCACCCUGCUCCGCUCCAAAGUAUUCCCUAGCUCUCCAUUUUCCGACGACGAAGACGAAAGCGAGCCUCAGAAGCGUAAGAGCUCAUCCCCCGCACCUCGAUCUCUAUCUCGCGCUCCAUCCACAUCCCAAACUUCAUCCCCCUCGACCUCAAAAUCCAUACUUGCCCGCUCGCGCUCGCGUUCACUCUCCGUCUCCCUUGCACAAGAACAAAAAGAGCGCGAGCGGGCAAGCAGCAUACCUGCAAAGAAACCCGCAUUCACGCGCGAAAUCAGCAUGUCGCGCGUGUUCAAGCCCAAGCCCAAGCCGCAGCCUGCACACGCGGAAGUGAAGACAGUCAAGACGGAGGCACCAAAGGCCAAGAUCAAGCCCGUUAAUAGCAGCGCAAAUCUCGGGGUCAUUCUCGUCGAAGAAACGCCUGCUAAACCGGCAAAGGCGAACUCUAAAGCGGCGAUUACGCUGGUUGAAGAUUCGCCCGUGAAGCCGCGGGUAGCACCGUCCACUGCUGGCCAGCGACAGUCAACAUUAAAUUUCAAAAGAUCGAAGGACCUCCCUAUUGUGAUACCUGAGUCUCCUAUAAAAGGCACGGAGGAAGAUGACGGUGAAGAGGAAUGGAUGAUGGCUAGCUCACCCCCGGAUAUCGUGUUCCUCAAUCCAACGAGGGACCCAGAUGGCGUUGCGGAGAUGAAUGGGUCGGAUGACGAUGAGAGAGUGCUGGCCACUCCGAGCAAGCCAUCACGAUCGAGGUCAAGGCUGAGUUUGAGAAAGAUGUGA